GCUUGCGCACAUUGAAACAUGUCAGUUUCCGGGGUUGGAUCCCUGAGACGGAAUUGUUACUCUGUUACUAAAGGAUACAUUCUAAUUUCGAAUUCUGCCUGGAUUUUUCGAACCUCGCGCAUUUCUUUGCUUUGUAUAUUCCGUGAUGUAGUCAUAACAACCUUCUGGACAGCCGGUCUUUAUUCGUAUUUGCGAAAGUUUCUUUAGGAGGUCGCUUUUAAUUUAGACACUUUACGGCUGUUGCUGUUUUCUUCCGGGAGAGAACUUCAUGCCCUUCGUCGCUGAAGCGAUCAUUUAUUGGGUCUCAAUUAUUCUUUGGCUGUGAAGGAAGUUCAAACCAGAAUUGAAUGGAGAUUUACGGACUGUCCAGGUGUUUGCUACGUUCUUUCAAAGAGCGGGCCAUUCUUAAAGCCGGUCUCGUUAAUUUUUCAUCUUUUAAAUACGGUUCCAUGUGUAAGAUUUCAAAGUGUGUGUAUGAAACAAGAACAUCCGCACCGCAUGCAUGCGGAUUGGAAAUUCAUCCCCAACAUAUCUUCCAGUUCAGCGCAAACAGGCAGUUAAUUGGUUGGCGAUACCGCAGUACAGACUCCUCACAAACGACACUUGUCAGUGUGAUUCCUGUAUUUUCUGUGAUGAGAUAUGACAGUGCUGGGAAUGUAAGCUUCUUUGAACGAAAGAAGACGGAACUAUACCAGGAACUUGGCCUUCAGGCUCGAGAUUUACGAUUUCAACAUUUAACAAGCAUUAAUACGAGGAAUAAUUGCAUCAUCCUAAGAAUGGAGAUAAUAAAGGCUGUAAUUACUCCAGAGCAUCUUCUUAUCCUGGAUUAUCGACAAUCAAAUCUGGAGCAGUGGCUUUUGAAGGAUCUGGCAUUGCAAUUAACUGGAGAAGGUCAUCUGGUCACAUACUCUUUGCCUUUUGAAUUCAGAGCCAUAGAAGCAAUACUUCAGCACAGGAUUAACUUUCUACAAUCAAAACUAAAUGAGUUACAGCCUCAGAUAUUAGAGACUUUAGAAGCCCUUGUGGAUCACAAACAACUUUCAAUUGAUCGAAGCAAGCUACAUGUGUUACUUCAAGCCAGUAAAAAUUUAUCUGAGUUGGAGACGGAUAUAAAAGUCUUCAAGGAGACACUGCUAGAGGUUCUAGAUGAAGAGAAACAGAUAGAAGAGCUUUGUCUCAGCAAGUGGAAUGAGCAACAUGUUUGUGACCAGAGUAUCACGGGAAUUAAUCCUGCAGAGGAGAUGGAAUUGCUUCUUGAAAGCUAUUACCGACAAGCUGAAGAUUUGGCCAAUUCAGCACGAGAGUUGAAAGUAUUAAUAGAUGAUUCUGAGAGCAUCAUAUUUAUCAACUUAGACAGCCAUCGUAAUGUGAUGAUGCGUUUGAAUCUUCAGUUGACAAUGGGAACAUUUUCAGUUUCCCUGUUUGGAAUUCUGGGAGUUGCCUUUGGUAUGAAUUUGGAAUCCUCCUUUGAAGAGGACCCCCGUCUCUUCUGGUUGAUAACUGGAAUAAUGUUUCUAGGGAGUGGACUAAUGUGGCGACGCUUACUAUCGUUUCUGGGCAGACAUCUCGAGCCUUCAACACCCCCUCCAAUGCCAUCUCUCCUGAAAAAAUCACAGUUGAUUGGAGGAAGAAUUGACCUGAGACAUAGUUCCAAAUGAUGAACUUUCAGUUUUACCGGAAUGUUCUUAACCAUCUGUGCACAGUGCUGGAAAUAUAGUUCGUGCACAAUACUUGCAACACCAUCCACAAGAGUUAAUUAAAUUUAUAAAGCAAAACUUGUGCAUUGUGGAUCAAAGGGCCAAUGCUCCGAGGAUUCUUAUAAGUCCAUAGUAGGUGCAGUCACCCUCAACUGCUGUUUUGGCAUCGGAGCAUAAGGCCUACAAUGACAGAAGCCAUGAGAUGGCAGAAGAAAAUUACUUUCGCAGCACAAUAAUAAUGUAUUGUCACAUUGAAGUUAGUUGUCCAGGAGGUUAAUAUUUCGUGUCAACUGUUCCUGGUAUUAGAAAUAAUAAUGAAGUAUACACCUCAUUUAUUUUAUCAUAAUUUAUCGUAAAUGAUCCAACACUGAAAUGCAUUAGUGGUAGAAUGUGAUAUUUGACACCUCGUAUCAUCUUUCUUUACCUGAGAUUUCUGGAUGGAUGAUUUAUGCUCCUGUUUUUGCCUGUUCUGCUGUUAACCAGCUGCUAAACAAUUCACAGUUGGCUUUGGGAGAUAUGAGCCAUUCUGCGAAUCCCCUUCCUUGACUAGUGUCCUUCAUCUUGUCCCCAGUAGAUUUUGGUACUUGAUGCAGGAGACUAGUUACACAGCCUGUGUAUGUAUUGCAAUGUCCUGGGCUGUUAAGAAUAGCUAAUGUUACUUAUUUUAAAAAAGACUUGUACAGUGUGAAUAAAAUUGAAAAUUGAGAAUAUUUUUUCAUAUAACCUAUGCUAAGUGUAAUCAUUCAGUAACUUUAUAUAUAGGUUUUAAUUAUAUAUAGGGGCUAUUUCCAAAAGUAUGACACUUUAGUCAAGACUAGUGACUAAUGCACCACCCUGUGAAUUUAUCCAGUGAGUGAGUAUUUUGAUACUAAUGUAGUUCCGUGCACUAGUGCAGUACAGAAGGAUGCCAUUUGGCCCAUUAUAAUUUUAUUGGUUCUUUGACAGUUAUCCAAUUACCUGCCUUUUUAAAUUGAUACCACAUCAUUUAUUUUGAUUCUCAUUUUUCCUUCCAAAUUGUAUCACUUCACAGAUCUCAGGAGUAAAUUUUAUCUGCUACUUUUUUAUUCAUUUAUGGAAUGUGGGCAUCGCUGGGCCAGCAUUUAUUGGUCAUCCCUAAUUACUGAGGAGAGGGUUGUGGUGAGCAGCUGCCUUAAAACCACUGCAGUCCUCACGACACUACUGGUAGUCAGAGGGUUUAGGAUUUUGACCCAGCAAAAUUGAAGUCUAUCACCAGUCCGUGUCCUCUUGAAAUCUGCUGCUAUCCUUCUCAGUCAAUUUCCAAGUCUUAAGUCACUUCCAAACUUUUAAUUUAUGACCUGCGGACACAAGACUGGAUCAUUUAACAAAUAGCAAUUCCGACUGGACACUGCUAUACAUUUCCUUCCAGUCUGAGAAAUGGUAAUUCACCACUACUCUGCUCCCUCUCAUACAGUUAAGUUUAUUUCCACAUUGCCAUUGCCCCCCUAAUUCUGUGGGCUUUUUUUUUUAAACAAGUCUGUUACGUCUUUGAAAAAUUCACAUACGCAACAUCAAUUGCACAACCCUCAGAAGAUGCCUCUGUUACUUCAUUAAAUAAUUCAAUUAAGUUUGUCAAAUACAAUUUCACUUUAAUAAAUUCAGGCUAACUAUAAAUGAUUAACACAUUUUUCCAAGAGACAAUUUUUUCCUGGAUUAUUGGGUCAAGAAGUUUCUCUUCAUCAGUUUAAGGCUGUCUGGUCUUUAGUUACCUGGCUUAUCUCCCUGUGUUUUUUACAACAGGGACGUAACAUUUCUACACUACCAUCUCUGGCACACUGCAAUAUCUAUGGAGGAUUGGAAGAUCAUUGUCAUGGCUUCUGUUUUUUCCUUGAUUGAUGCACUCAGUAACCUAAGAUGUAUCCCAUCUGAAAUAGGAGGCUUUCUACUUUGAAUGCUGUCAACUUUCUAAGUGCCUCAUUUUAAAUCUAUCCAAUCUCUUUCAUAAUUCUUUUAUGAUUAAUGUUUAUUUUUAUGCAUAUGCAUUAUUUCUUGGAAUUUUCUUAUUUCAGUUUCUGACGUUUUGUUUAUACAAUAUAACAAAAUUCAUCAGCAAACUGAACUUAAGAACAACUUACCAGUUAAUGGAGAGCUUUAAACAAAUGAAAUUGAUGCUGGAUUCCUCUCGUUUGAACUGACCUUUCCAAGCCUGAUAUAGUGACACUUUUUCAGGAAUACUGAAAUACUUCAGAAUCAAUGUCACUUUUUUGAAAAAUAUUUAUGUAUUUUAAUUAAAAAAUCCAAAGAUUCUAA